CUCCAACUUUUUUUUCCUCGUACCUUUGCAUCAUUUACUCACGCCAAAACUCACCAGACUUGAUCCGACACCCGACUUUGAGGAGAGCCUUUCAUGCCAUAACCAAGAAAAUUCAGGAGAGUAAAAGGGGCCGUAUGUAUGAGGGCAUAGAAUAAGGGUCCUUGAGAGAAAGGGAGCCAGAAUGUCCAUCUUUGAUAACCCCGCCCUCACCAAAGAGUGCAGCGGGACAGCGGCGUCGAUCCGCGCGGACGUCGUCGGCCACCUCUCCGCCGAAUUCCCUCCGCCUCCGCGACCGUUUGAGAGCAAUGCCGAAGAACAUAGUCUGGAGCCCGUUGGGUCGGAGAUUUUGAGAGUUGUGGAGGGGUUGGCUUCUAAGGUUCUAGGGCUGUGUGCGUCAGCAGGCUAUGAUGUGGAUUUGAGCGAAUACACAGCACCACCAGCACCACCAGCACCACCAUCAGGGCUGGCGUCGGAAUCGGUGAUUGAUCGUCUCGAUGGAGAGAUUGAGCGGACCUACCGGCGGUUCUAUGACUAUGUCUACACGGACCUGCCGUUUUGUUGGAGGUUGUUGUACACGGAGUUGAGUCUGCUCAAGUUUUCGGCGGUGGUGUUUUUGUAUGUUGCUAGGACGGUGGCGCGGGAUGGGACAAUGGAGGAGGAGCAUGAAGAGGGAGACGAGGAAGAGAAAGUGCUGGAUGAGCUCGUCGCCGUGUUGGAUAAGGCUCUCAUCCUCGCCGGCGGGGCGGGAUUGAAGCGCGGGAGGAGGACGAUCUCGAGGCUGCUCGGGUACCUCGACUCGGAGACGCUCUCGCCUUCACCGCGUUCGUCUCUCCCGGCGAGAUUUCCUUCUUCGCGGACGUUUACGCCGCCUGUUGGCCGGCCUAUUCGCGUCGUGGAUCGUAUGUCGAUGUCGGCUUUUCAAGCGUACCUGGACGGACGGCACCGUCUAGACAAGGAGGCAGACGUGGAUAUGGACCUGGGGCCGGAGCCGCUGGUCCUGACGUCGCUGAUGACGGAGUGGCCUGCGCUCUCUACAAGACCGUGGUCGUCGCCUAGGUACUUGAUGUCGAGGACACAUGGCGGGCGGAGGCUUGUGCCUGUGGAGGUUGGGCGUAGCUAUGUUGAUGAGGGGUGGACACAGGAGUUGAUUUCGUUUCGGGAGUUGUUGGCGCGCGUUGUUGCGUCUGGGUCUCCAUCGACUGCAGCAUCGACGGCAACAUCGAUGACGACGAUGACAGUGAGGACGGAGGACGGAACAGAAAAGGCAACGGAAAAGGCAACGACGUACCUGGCCCAACACGAACUCUUCGCGCAGCUCCCGCACCUGCUAAACGACAUCCUCACGCCAGACCACUGCUUCACCUCGCCGCCAGCGCACCCGCUUAACCAAAGCGCCAACAAGCCGGAGCUGGACGUGCCGUUGGUGAAUGCAUGGUUCGGCCCGGCGGGGACGAUUACGCCGUUGCAUACGGACGGGUAUCAUAACUUGCUGUGUCAGGUUGUCGGGGAGAAGUAUGUACGGUUAUACGCGCCGCGGGAUUCGGAGGCCUUGUGUCCGAGGGGAUUCGAUGGUGAUGACGACUAUAACGACGAUGAAGGAGACGAAGGAGGAGAAGGGAAUGGACAAGAUGAGGAGAGCAAGGCAGGCCAGGGAGUCAAGAAGGUAGACAUGAGCAACACCAGCGCCUUUGACGUCGGCGCCGUGGAGGGCUGGGACCCGGACACGGAGGGUCGCGAUCCGAUGGAGCUCGAGGAGUUUCGGGGGCUGCGGUACUGGGAUUGCGUGCUGGGACCGGGGGAGGUGUUGUAUAUACCCAUCGGCUGGUGGCACUACGUCCGCAGUCUGAGUGUGAGUUUCAGCGUGAGCUUUUGGUGGAAUGGGGAUCAUCAUAUUGGUCCGGAGGGGAGGGGAGAUGAUUGAUAUCACGUCUUGAGGGAGUCUGAGUCUAGGUGAAGUGUUUACUUUUAUAGCUUGAGAAGAAAUACCCCUCUCGAAUAAGA